AUGGCUGUCCUGCCCGAGAUUGCUGCCCCCGAGCGCAAGAUCCCCUUUAGGCAGAAGGUUCUCUGGACUGCCGUCACUCUCUUCAUCUUCUUGGUCUGCUCCCAAGUCCCUCUGUACGGUAUCAUGUCCUCAGAUUCGUCUGAUCCUCUUUACUGGAUGCGUGCCAUUCUCGCCUCGAACCGUGGAACCCUGAUGGAACUCGGUAUCACUCCCAUUGUCACCUCGGGCAUGUUCAUGCAGCUCUUGGCUGGUGCCAACCUCAUCGAGGUCGACUACAGCCUCAAGGAGGAUCGUUCUCUCUUUAACGGUGCCCAGAAGUUGUUUGCUGUCUUGAUCGCCUUUGGUCAGGCUACUGUCUCGGUCAUGAACGGAUUGUACGGCCCUCCCUCCGAAUUGGGUGCCGGUAUUUGCCUGCUCUUGAUCCUUCAGCUCGUUGUUGCCGGUGUCAUUGUUGUCCUCUUGGAUGAGCUCCUGCAGAAGGGCUACGGUCUCGGUUCCGGUAUCUCGCUCUUCAUCGCCACCAAUGUCUGUGAAACUAUUCUCUGGAAAGCAUUGAGCCCCACCACCUACAACUUUGGUAACGGACCCGAGUUUGAGGGUGCCCUGAUUGCUUUCUUCCACCUGCUCUUCACCCGCUCCAACAAGUCCCGUGCUCUGAAGGAGGCCUUUUACCGCCAGAACCUGCCCAACGUUAUGAACCUCUUGGCUACCGCUCUUGUCUUCGGCAUCGUCAUCUACCUCCAGGGCUUCCGCGUUGAGCUCCCCGUCAAGUCCUCCCGCUUCCGUGGCCAGCGCGGCACCUACCCCAUCAAGCUAUUCUACACCUCCAACAUGCCCAUCAUGCUGCAGUCUGCCUUGACCUCCAACAUGUUCAUGAUCUCCCAGCUGAUCUACAACCGCUUCCCCGAGAACAUUCUUGUCCGUAUCUUUGGAACCUGGACCCCUUACCAGGGCACCAGCCAGAUGAUUGCCUCGGGUGGCCUUGCCUACUACAUGUCGCCUCCUCAUAGUAUCUCUGAGGCCCUCUUGGAUCCUAUCCACACGGUCGUCUACGUCACCUUCAUGCUGACUGCCUGUGCCCUCUUGUCCAAGACCUGGAUCGAAGUCUCUGGCUCCUCGCCUCGCGAUGUUGCCAAGCAGCUCAAGGACCAGAACAUGGUCAUGGCCGGUCACCGUGAUGCCUCGAUGUACAAGGAGUUGAAGCGCGUCAUCCCCACCGCCGCUGCCUUUGGUGGCGCUGUCCUAGGUGCCGUUUCCGUCUUUGCUGAUUUAAUUGGCGCUAUUGGAUCUGGUACCGGUAUCUUGCUGUGCACCACCAUCAUCUACCAGUACUGGGAGAUGUUUGUCAAGGAGAGCAUCGAGAACUCUGGCGAUGCCCUUGCCUUUUAA